GCGCCGUCGCCGGCCCCCUCCCCUCGAGUGCGCUCCCCUCCCUUCCCAUCCCCGGCCUGGCUCCCGAACGCAACCCGCCGAGGCCGGGCGGCUUCAGGGGGAGGCGCCAACUCGUCGCUGCGCCGGGCCCCCGACCGAGCAGUAACGGCGACCCAGAGGGCGGAGCGGAUGCGGCUCGGGCCUGCGCUGAGCCAGUACAGGCUACUCUAUCAUCUUUGAAGAUGUUAGAUGUGGGAAAGUGGCCAAUUUUCUCCCUUUGUUCUGAGGAAGAACUGCAGUUAAUUCGUCAGGCCUGUGUCUUUGGCAGUGCUGGCAAUGAAGUUUUAUAUACUACAGUAAAUGAUGAGAUUUUUGUGCUUGGCACAAACUGCUCUGGUUGUUUGGGAUUAGGUGACGUCCAGAGUACCAUCGAACCUCGGAGACUGGAUUCUUUAAGUGGCAAAAAAAUAGCCUGCCUCAGCUAUGGGAGCGGCCCCCAUAUUGUCCUUGCAACAACAGAAGGAGAAGUCUUUACCUGGGGUCAUAAUGCUUAUAGCCAGCUAGGCAAUGGGACAACUAAUCAUGGUUUAGUGCCCUGUCAUAUUUCUACUAAUUUGUCAAACAAACAAGUCACUGAAGUUGCCUGUGGGUCUUACCAUUCUUUGGUGCUAACAUCUGAUGGAGAGGUAUUUGCCUGGGGUUAUAACAACUCCGGGCAGGUAGGAUCUGGAUCAACAGCCAAUCAGCCGAUCCCUCGAAGAGUCACGGGCUGCUUACAGAAUAAAGUAGUUGUGAACAUAGCAUGUGGGCAGAUGUGUUCAAUGGCAGUGGUGAACACUGGGGAGGUCUAUGUCUGGGGUUACAAUGGAAAUGGGCAGCUUGGACUUGGCAGUAGCGGCAACCAGCCAACUCCCUGUAGAAUAGCAGCUCUGCAAGGCAUUCGUGUCCAGCGGGUUGCCUGUGGCUACGCACACACAUUAGUGUUAACAGAUGAAGGCCAAGUGUAUGCUUGGGGUGCAAAUUCUUAUGGCCAGUUGGGCAUUGGCAAUAAAAGUAACCAGUCCUAUCCUGCGCCUGUCUUCAUGGAAAAGGACAGAAUUAUAGAGAUCGCGGCCUGCCACUCUGCGCACACAUCGGCGGCCAAGACCCAGGGCGGGCACGUGUACAUGUGGGGCCAGUGCCGGGGCCAGUCGGUGAUCCUGCCCCACCUCACCCACUUCUCCUGCACCGACGACGUGUUCGCCUGCUUUGCCACGCCUGCCGUCUCGUGGCGCCUCCUGUCCGUAGAACCCGACGACCACCUUACGGUGGCCGAGUCACUCAAGAGGGAAUUUGACAACCCCAAUACGGCCGACCUGAAGUUCCUGGUGGAUGGAAAGUACAUAUAUGCACAUAAAGUCCUUCUCAAAAUUAGGUGUGAGCAUUUUCGUUCUUCACUGGAAGACAACCAGGAUGAUAUCGUAGAAAUGAGUGAAUUUUCGUAUCCUGUUUACCGAGCCUUCCUGGAAUACCUAUACACGGACAGCAUCAGCCUUUCUCCGGAGGAGGCAGUAGGGUUGCUAGAUUUGGCUACAUUUUAUAGAGAAAAUCGUUUGAAAAAGCUCUGCCAGCAAACUAUCAAGCAAGGAAUCUGUGAGGAGAAUGCCAUCGCUCUGCUUUCGGCUGCCGUGAAGUACGAUGCUCAGGAUUUAGAAGAAUUCUGCUUCAGGUUUUGCAUAAACCAUUUGACUGUAGUAACACAGACUUCAGGCUUUGCAGAAAUGGACCAUGAUCUUCUCAAGAACUUUAUCAGCAAAGCAAGCAGAGUUGGAGCCUUUAAAAAUUGAUCCUCACCUGCAAGAAAUAAUUUUUAGCAUUUCCAUUUUCCCUGCAAAAGCCAGAGAAUAACUUCUCCUUAAUAGUAUUUAUGAUGAGCUACUCUUGACUGAAUACUUACGUUCUGUCGAAAGAAGGCGGUGGUCAGUCUGCCCCAUCAGCUGAAAUCUGAAGUUGACAGUAGAAAGCAUUCAGUGCUCUGAUCAGAUGUGACUAAGCCCAAGAGAAAAAAACUGAAAUGUCUUAUUUACCAUUUCCUCUUUCGAGUCACUUAAGUUGGACACUUUUGGUACAUUGGUCUAAGUAUAUGCUAUUCUAGCCAAAUUUUCAUUCUUUCAAAAGCUGGUAUCACACAGAAAGCUUGACGAGGAAUGCUGUCAUAACAUAUUGUCAGCAUCCAGCACAGUGCCUUGCAUACUAAGUAGGCACUCAGUUAAUUUCUUAUAAAUCUGAAGCAUGCCCUUAGAACAGCUUUAUUUGUGGGAUACUGGAUGAAGGAAUAACUUGUACAAAAACAAAUUUGAAAUAGCCUGUAACUAGUGAGGUUCAUAUUCUUCUGGUAACUGGUUCUGAGUCAUAGUGACUUAACUAUGAGCAUUAAUUAAAAUCCACAAACAGCCUUGGCAAAUAAUUGUCAGAGUCCCAAGGGCUAAUUUUAAUUUUCUGUUUACUCUGAGUCAUUAAUUUCUCAUAUGGGAUUAUUGAAUAUGAAGUAUUGUCUCUGAAUGAAUGUUAUUUCUGGGCUCAUCUGCCUUACAUAAUUGCAUUAUGUCUUUCCCUUUUGUGUUAAGAGAGAUUUGCCUGUGUAAGUAAAAAUGAUUAUGCGUUUCUCUUGUAGUUGACUUUUAUGUCACUAUAAAACAGACCUGGCACAGAAUAAUUAUAAAGUGCUAGCUGAAAAGGAUCUCACACUUACAUUUCAUGGACAGCAUUAACAAGAAUGAGAUAAAUUUAUACUUUUUAGAUCAAAACAAGUUACCCAACUGCAAGAGAGAAACUGGAACGGGAUGUAGGAUGUAGCGUCAGAUUCCUCUAAUACGUGGUUUCACUAUAUGAUACGUGUUUCAAAAUAUAUUACGUAAAGAAAAACUCUUUUGGAAUUAGAAACCUUGUUCUGAUGCUGAACCAUUUGAUAAUAAAGUGCUUAUUUGCAGAUAAUAG